UACGAUACGUAAAUACGUGUUUAGAUCAAUUGGGCCCUUGUCAGCGGAAAUUGUAAUAUCACAGUCGUGCAAACAAGUAUAUAGUAUUUUGGAUUUACCCCCCGUAAGGGAUAAUUUAUUACUCGAUUCGGCCAAGUUCCAGUUAAUUAUCGGCAAAAAUCGGUAAUCUAAUCUUCGAGGAGAGUUUACAGCAGCAGGACGUGGAAGUUUCACGCAACUGGAUCAGCCAACCUCACGUAAACGUAUUUCGAUGGAGAUCGUGAGUUUACGAGACACCGGCAAGUACGACAGCACUGGGCCAACGCUGCCGCAGUCGCAGAGCUCGACGCAGGAGCGCCGCAAGCUGUUGAAGCGCACCCGUAGCUUGGCCGUGAUAACCGAGGACGAGUCGAAUCGCGCCAACAACACCGGGGGUGGCUGCCCUGGCGAAGUUCUAGGGCCGAGGAUUGGUGUCUCCUAUGACACUUCGUCCCUGCAGCAUCACCGCAGGCUGCACCAGCAGCACCACCAGCUCAUACCUCGAGCUAAGCUCAUCGAUCGCAACUCGCUUAAAGACAGAUUGUCCAAGAGCCAGCAGCACCUCUCGGACUGCUACUACGGCGAGCCCUUCGGCCCGGACCUGCCAGCUUUGCGCGCCUGCCAAAGCCGCUCGGUCUGCGGCCUCUACAACUCCCUCCCGCCGCCGCUCGACUCGCUUCCGGACCCUCUGCCGUACACCCGUGCCGGUGGCGGCCUGUACCGCGGCUCCGCCACCCUCCGGCCCGACCACCGCAUCAACAUACUCAAGUGGCCGGAAUCGCCGAGGCGCUACCGCAGCGUGCAGGACCUGAACAGCGUCGCAGGACUCGUCGAGGACCGUUGCGGCUGGCCAGGCAUCGACGAGGAGAACCGCAGCCUCGACUGCAUCUACACCCAGGUCAAGAGAAAGCGAAAGGAGCACAGGAGCUUGGACAGCAUCCUCUUCGAGGACGACAGCGACGAGCUCGAGUACUUUGACGUGCUGAACCUCCUGCCCCUGUCCAACGUGCGCCUGGAGAUCGACGAGCCCGACAACGGGGGUGCGGUACAAGGGAGAAGCCGCGCUGCCAAUCGGGACCCCAAGUCCAGUCCCGCGAUCAUUGCCGUCUCGGCCAAGAGGAGCUCCGCAAGCGCCGAUAGACGCUCGAAGCACCACUCCGGGGCGAGAAUCACGGAAAUCGAGGACGACAUCGACGAGCUGAACCGCAAGAAUACCGCCAAAACGAUCGCCGCGGACAGGAGCGUCACGUCGUUUUACGAGAUCGCCAGGGAGAAGCGGGGUCCCGAGAGUAAAGACGAUAACAAGUCGAAGGGACACCUCGAGUCGUGCUCGAGAACGAAACAGCAGCCGCGGAGGGACACGGUCGACCGGAAGGAAUCGUCAAGAGCAGAGGACAACAAGCAUCGCGACGGAGAGAAGGUACGGGUCGAAGAGACGGAGGACACCAAAUCGCUGUGGAUAUCGGACAACGAGGAGGUGGAGGACAUGUCUCGCAGACCCCUGGUACUACAGGUCGUCGACAGCGACAUGACCAAGACCAAGAGCUCAAAAAAGUCGGUGAGCAUCUUGGACGUCGGGUCGGACGAGGAUGUGGCGCAGAAGGAGAACAUCUGCGAGAACACGGUGAUCCGUCGAGCCGCAUCGCUGAACAAGCCCGAUUUGAUAAACGAUCAUGUUCACGAGGCGAAAAACAACGAAACAGAAGCUGAAAAGGAGAAGAGCAGGCUGAUGAGCGUCGAGAACGCCAAGAAUUUCUUCGAGAAGAAGAGCGUCGACGGUGACAACGGCAGUGGCAAAACUUCGCACAGCAAAUCGUGUGACGAUGCUAAAGGUAGCCUCGGUUACGAAGCGAGAUCCGAGAGCUCGGAUUUGGGCCUCGGCUCGGAAGUCGGCAGCGACGUCAGGAGAUUGUCGGUCGACGAGAACACCAACUCCACGAUCGACCGGAAGCAUUCACCCGAUGGGUGCAACGGGCAGUACGUUGAUGGCGGUGGGAAGGACAAAAAUCAAAAGAACUACACGAGUCUGACGAGAUCGAGGAGCUACGUUGACUCCAUCGAGUGUCAAGACCCCGACGAGCCCGAGUUCGACCAUGUGCGCUACAAAAUCCUCAAGUCCCACGUGUUUAGCAAAAAAAUGUUCAACAGCGCGAAAAAGGACGCCACCUACGACGGACUGAUGCAGUACUUGCGCGAGUACUCGUUUCAGGAUCUGCUGAUGGACAACAACGUGGUGAUCAUCGAGCCGGUCAGGGCAGAGGUGGAUCGCAAGCCAUCGUUCAAUGACUCCAAGCUCAAGUCGUCCCCGAGCUGUGGAGUGUCGGGUACCUCUCUCGACAAAGCCAAGGGAGCAGCCACGGAUGCCAGCAGCUCAGACGAGAAGAGCGAGAGAAAGGGGAACCACUUCAAAAAGACGCCCAGGCAGUCGUCGCUCCGGAAGCACUUCUUUUACCAGCCUAUACGGGUAAACCGUGAACUAAACGACGAGGAGCUGCCAGAUCCGAAUACCGUGAGAAACGUGAGGAUGAUGUUCGAGGAGACCAUGAAGAAGAAGCUAAAAGCAGAUCCCAAGGCCUCGAGAGACUGCAGCACGAGGAAGAGCGUGAGCAUGAAGGAUCUGAGGACUUUCGAUUGCGGUGGCUCGGACAAGGCAGCGGAAGCUUCCAGCAGGUCGAGGUGUUCCAGCCGGGCGAAGAACCUAACGAGGAUGUUUGAGAACCUGGACAAGCCGACCUCCCCCUCGUGCUCCAUCAAUGGCCACAAGGACGACAGUGACGGUCCUCGAGGCGAAUCCAAGGCGCGAGCCAUAGUUCAGGCUUUCGAGGCAAGGAGCAACCAGACAUCACCCAGCAAUUCCAACUCCUCCAAGACUCGCGUGAGCGGCAGGUACCAGCAUCGUCAGUUGCACAACUGGGACGCCGGGAGCGUGAGCUCUGGUGUAUCGAGUGACUAUCCGGACACGGAUGCUGGUAGCGCGCCCGCGUGUACGUCGUCCGAGGAUGAAGAGCUCUACUAUCCCGAGUACGACGAGGAAAGGUACGAGGGUCACUACGUGCCACCGGAUGUGCUGAAGAAGAUCCGAGAGUACGGGACGUCGGUCACUUACUACGGUGGCAAGGUGGUGAACACGUGCAACGGGCCCCUCGUGUGUCCUACGGCUGGCAAAAACUCCAAGGGAUCGAAAAACUCCCUGGACUACAUCAAGUUCCGUUUGGUGAAGAGCAAUUCGUGCGACAGCAGACUCGAGAUGACGGGUCGAUUGAUAGACAGCAGAAGCAAGGGUCAGUUGGGCAUGAAUCGCGACAAGAGUGUUGACCUGCGGCAGUUUACCAUCGACGAGACCCCGAGUAUCGAGAUAACCCCGAUCCAGCAGGACGACGAUAAAUCCCAGGACAAUAGAGAAACCAGAGAGGAGAAGCGCGAGCCUCCGGUCGUCAUUGGCUUGGAACCGAAAAAGGACGAGAGCAGCAAAAGUUUCAAGGCGGACUUUCAGCUCGGCAAGCUCGACGAUUGCACUUCGAUAAAUAGGUUUGCGCCGAGCGCGCUUGCGAGAUGGCAGAUCAACGAGAACGCGUGGAAGAAGACCUCGGACUUUGGAAAAAUGGAGUUUGAGGAGUUCGAAGUGCUCGAGGACAGUCUCAACGAUAUCGACCAUUGAAGUGGCAAAUCAUUACGAGUUUUUCAUUACCUGGCAACAUGCAACGAGAGGACAAAUGUUUGUUUUUUGUUUUGUUUUUUAAAUUUAUUCAGUCAUAUAUGCAUACAGAGUGUAAUGAGAGUAUCGGAGGGGAAAAAUUUAUUGUUGUUGUAAAUUUUAAUAAUCGAUUAUGAGACGCAUUGUGUGACCCCAGAUAUUUACAAUGUGUAAGUGUUAUGUAUGUGUACACGUUUUGCUCAAGUAAGACCAAUACACAUGAGUACAUGUACUCGUAUUGUAUUUCAUUUUCAAAAUGAAAAAAAUUAAUUUAGUUAAAGUUAUAUUAAA